AUGGGCCAGGCUCAGAGCCAGGGCCGUGCGGGGGAGGUGCGCAUUGCCGCGCAGCAGCGUGUCCACGUAGACAUAGGGCGCGAGCGUGCCGCGUACACGAUCGAGGCGGAGGUCGAGGUGCCGCCCGGAAAGGCGGCGCGCUGGCCCCUCUUGCGCAUCGAGCACGUUGCGCUGGUGAGCGCGAAAGGAGCCACGGUCCUCCGCGAGGGAGGCGACCUGCUGCUGGUGACGGAGCGCAGCGACGAGACACGCAGGAUCCCGAUCGCGCUCUACUUUACUUGUGCGCUGUGGGCGCGCGACGGGCGCCCGCCGAGUGUCGUGCGCCUUCCGGUGCUGCGCAGCGUGCAGAACUGGGUGACGUGCACCUUUCACGGGUACGACCGCGUGGCGGUCGCGGCGGAUCCCCCGCUCGACACGCCGCAGGAGCGCGCGGAUGGCAUAGAAGCGCCGUUCGCCGCGACGAGCGUCCUCGCGCUCGAGUGGGCGACAGAGCGCCAAGACACCGCCCCGGUCGCCGCGCCGCGGGCCAAGGUGGCGUGCGCGAUGCACAUGGCCUACGAGCAGCUCUGGGCGCAGCGCGCGUUUGUGCCGAGCGCCGUGAUGGACUUUGCGGCGGAGGUCGUGCUCGACGAUCCGCACUGCGUCGCGCUCGCAAGGCAGGGCGCGCUCACGGUCGAGAUCGACGCCAUGGGCCAGGCCCUGCACUGGGACUGGCUCGAGCUCGAGAGCGACCCGAUGCGCGUCUCGCUCCAGCGCGAGGUGCAUGCGGAGGCCGCGGCAAUCCCGGGCGCGCUGCAGCGCGUCGACGCGAUGCCCGCCUUUUCGCUCGCCGAGGCGCCGAUCGGCAGCCGCACGCUCGAUCUGCUCGUCGACGUCGGCGCGGUGUGCGGGUUGUUUGGCGCGGACGCCGACGCGCCGCUCGCAUUCACCGUGCACGGCCGCUGCCACCUCGCACUCGAUACGCCACGCGAGGAUGGCGUGCCCCGCGCCGUGACACUGCCGAUGGUGCGUGUGCCGUGCGCCGCGACGCACGCCGUGACCUACGCACUACACCAGGCGACGACGCCGACGCCCUCGCCGUUCCAGCUGGAAGUCGUCGCGCCGCGGCCCGCCGAUGCGCUCUCGCUCCCGGUGGACGAGGGGUGCCUCGUCGAGCUCGACGGCGCAGCAGCGUGCAUCGUGGCCUAUACACGCGGCACGCCGCGCGCGACGCAGCCGAUGCCGGUGCACUCGUCGGUGUGCUUCUCGUCGAUGCACCACAAGGUGUGGCCCGGUGACGGGCACCUUAUGCACCACAUCCUCCUGCAGCUGCACGGGCCGGUGCAGCGCGCACACCAGACCAUCCUCCUCUAUCCGCUGAGCAUACUCGACGGGGGGGGCAUGAGCGAUCUGCAGGCGUACGUCAACGGCCACAGCGUCAGUGCCUCGCUCGAAGCACAGGUCCAGACGUCGGUCGAUGCACAGGAAACGGAGCCUGCGCCGGUCCUCGCCGCCGUCUCGCUGCACCUGCCGGCGGCGGCGGUGCGUGGCCUCAAGGCACAGCUCGAGCUGACGUACCUCACGCCUUGGGCACCCAGCGCCUCGUUCGAGGUGGUGUGCCCGACGCCGCCGACGCGCGUCCCGGUGUCGAUGCUCCAGGUGCACGGCACACAGCGCGGCGUGCCGCGCGUCCUCGGCGACGUCGCGGCGCACGUAUCGUACACGCAAGACGCACUCCUCACGACCCUCGCACAACGGCGCGCACGGCCCCACACCGUGGCGUUUGCGCUGCAGAGCGCCCCGUCCGAGGCCGCCGUCGAGGGCCGCGACCGGCGCAUCUAUGCGGCGAUGUUGUGCGCCGUGAUUCCGGUGAUUUUUGCACUCUACUUGCACGAGCGCCGCAUGCGUCACCUCGACACACACGUCCAGGCGCUCGCCAUGGCACUCGACGUGGACCUGGCCGACGGGCACUGGGCGCCGGUGCAGCAUGCGUGGCGCGAAGCCGCCGCAGCGGGGCACCAUGUCUACGACGCGGCCGCCGCCGCACUCGAACACACGCCGUCCAAUCUAUGGGGCGAGACGGCGGCACUCGCACCGAUUUCACGUUCGUAUCUUCCGUCAUGGCUCGCUCGCUACGUCCACGCGCCGGCCGCGUGGGUGCGGUGGGUGUGGCAGUAUCUACACUAUUCUUGGUACUCGACAUAG